AUGGUGUUGACAGUCGUGACAGUAAUUCCAGCUCUCAAUGGUCCGGAUAAUGAAAGGGAGUUAGAUAUAAAGGUAGAGGAGGAGGAAAAUAAUGAUAGUGCUGGACCUAGCGGGACAAGAUAA